CUCACUAAACUUCAUAAAUCUGUAAGUCAUUUUUUGACAUUACAAAAGUGCGAAAAGAAAAGGCAGAUACAAAAAUCGAGACAGAUACAGAAAAUUCCGAUUUCAUCGCUGAGAAGAAUAUAACGAGAAAGCAAGGGAAUCUGCUAUAAUGGAUCGCUCAGAAUUAGGUAUUACUGAUAACUCAUCAUCGGAGGAUCAGGAAUUGGGUGCCCAGGAGCCUAUAGAUAACCCAUCGUCGGAGGAUCAGGAAUUGGGUGCCCAGGAGCCUAUAGCUUCGGAAUCAGAUGUGGUUUCUAUUGACAACUCUUCAGCGCUGCAUGAGGUGCCAAGUGGCGAAAUCGAAAUUCAACCUGCGGUGCCUGCUUCGACCUUGAAUUUAAAAGUAGAGAUUUCCGAGGAAGAAACCUACUCCUCCGAGGAGCAAACCGACUCUCCCGAUGACGGCUCUGUAGAAUUGAGCGAAGGUUCCAAGAAUUUAAUAGUAGUGAAUUCCGAGGAAGAAACCUACCCCUCCGAGGAGCAAAUUGACUCUCCCGAUGACGGCUCUGUAGAAUUGAGCGAAGGUUCCAAGAAUUUAAUAGUAGUGAAUUCUGAGGAAGAAACCUGCCCCUCCGAGGAGCAAACCGACUCUCCCGAUGACGGGGCUGUAGGAUUCGGCGAAGGUUCCAAGAAGUGGUUGAAGAGCUUGGUUCCCAAGAAUGCCGCUAAGGUGGUCAACGAACUGAGGGAUAUGUUCGUGAACAGCAAGACCAUCAAACGCGACCACGAGGGCCACUUCACGGCCCUUAUGACCGUCAACUUGAAGAUGUUUGAGGGUCAAGGAUCUACCAAAGAUGCGGCUCAGUCAGCUGCCUGUGAGAAGGCUUUGCGCGAUCACUUCUGGGAAAAGCUCAACACUCAAACAUGGGACGAAAUACCUGUGGUAGAACUGGCUUCAUUUGCCAUUUACAAGCUGUUCGAGGAGUGGAAGAUCGAUUUUAAGGACAUGGUUUGUGCCCCACAGGGAGCUGGGAUAGCAUUACCUAAGAAGCCAUCAGUACGCUCGCUGCCCAAGGAUUGGAAGAAUAUUCAUCCCACCUCGCUUCUCACCUACAUGAGACGUUCCACCGUCUACAAUUAUUUGGGUUGCACAGGUGAGCAUCCGAACCAGCUUUUCAGCAUGGGAACUGAAGUGGACGGCCAGGAGUUUGAGGCUAGCGGAAACUCUAAGAAGAAGGCCCGCCGCAAUUUGGGCGUGCUGGUGUGCAACACACUCUUCGGAACCGAUUUCCAGGCAAUCCGCUAAGUCCGAGCAACCUGGUUUUUAUUUUUUUAAAAUAAUCUCAAACCAUUGACAUUGUUUCUUAUACAUUUUACAUUAUUAUUAUAGUAUCCUUGAAUUUAUGUAGGGUAGCAUAACCCUUUCUAAAAAUGUAAAUUUCAAUCAUUUCUCAUUACAUCUCCCAGAACCAAAGCAA